CCAGUGACCGUCCGAAUCGCGAAUGGAUGAAACACGGUGUCAAACAUUAAACUAUCAAGUGCUGUGUAACACGACAAAUAUGGAUUCAAACAUACACUAAGUGCAGUUAAACUGUGUACGAAGAUGGAUGGUGGUAUUUUGAGCAGCCCGCGAAACAGAUUCCAAACACAACUGAAGAAUGCUGCGAGUGCUUUGUGCUCUAGGAAGCACAGGAGAAGCGAAGACAUGUCAGCCGCGGUGUUUAGUUCCGCUCGCCCUCACACAUAUCCUCGGGCGACAUCGACCAAACGGUCCGCCUUAUCGUGCAGAAUAGAGCCCCUUGUUUGCGAACAGCAGGCCAUCGCGUUAGAGACUAGUGAACCGUUUAUAGCUGACGUCAUUCAUGUCUAUGCUACAAAAUCCAACGGAGUCUUUAAAGGAACUUUGGCAAGAGAGGUAGCGAAUGCUUGGGAGAGAAAGGUGGGCAAGCCAGACCAGCCGGCGCCCGCCAAUCGAGUCAAAAGCCUUUUCUACGACAUCCAGCUAUAUCCGACCGAUCCCCAAGUGUUCGAAAUGCUGGUCUGCGCCAGACAGUGUGCGCGACGCAAGUCGCUCACACUUACGUUCGGCGAGUUCUGCGUGUUCGCGGCCGAGCUGCGAAGGCAUUCGAGGCAGGUCAGACAGAGUCCAAACAAACCGGAGUCACCGCAGUGGAACGUAGAGAAGGAGUUUAGGGAAAGGGAGACGAUAUGCAAACCCAAUAUCGGCAGCGAGGCGUCGUCGCUGGACUGCGAAGUGUUCCUCGGAGGGUCCUGCAACCCCACCACCUGGCGGAAAGAGAUCGCUAUACCUAAACUGAAAAAGAUGGGCAUCACGUACUUCAACCCCCAAGUGGAGAACUGGUCGACGGAGCUAAUGGAGCGCGAGCACCGCGCCAAGUCGGACGCGCGCGCUCUGCUGUUCGUGCUGGACAGCGAGACGCGCGCCAUCGCGGCCAGCGUCGAAGCGGCGCUCAUCGCCGCCACGCCCAAGCUGCUGCUGCUGGUCAUGCGCCCCUAUUCGCGCCACCAGAAGAUCGCCCAGGAGGCUAUCACCGAUGAAGAGUACAUUGAGCUAUCGCGAGCGCGUGCGACGUUAAAAGAAGCCGUAGAGAGGAGAGGUUUGCCCACUUUCCAUGACAUAUCGUCGGCGCUCGACAGCGCCGGCGAGGUGCUCCGAGGGCGGAACCUGACACACCCGCGCCACAACAUCGGGAACUACAUCCACCGCCUGCGGCGCCUGUACGACGCGGCGGGCGGGCGGAGCGCCAGGCUGCCGCGCCAGCGCGCCGCGGACGCGCUGCACGAGGCCACGCGGGUGCCGCGGGACGUGGCCGAGAGGAGCCUGCCCGCUGCCCUAGACCCUGUAGACUUUGACACGUUCUGCGCGGCUGUCGCUGAAAUCGCAGCUGACUCAGGGCCCAGUCCGUCGCCGCGGGCCGAGGGGGUGGCCGCUCGCCUGCGGCGCGCCUUCCGUUCCUUCUGCGACAGGUUCUCCCCGCUCGCCGCCGAGAGUCAAAGCCGGAAUGGGCGAGAGGAGGCGGGAGCGGCGGCGGCCGCGGAGGCGGAGCGCGGCGCGGAGAGCUCGCCGCCCGCCGGCCUGCGCGUGCACAACGCGCGGCUGCGCUCGUGUGGCCGGAAACUUCCUCUUCUUAUACCCAAGAACGGCGGGAACAGAAGUGAGCCCGAGAGCGGUGGUGAGUCGGUGCUGACGCCCGGCACGGAGCGUCGGCUGGAGGCGCUCCCGGCCAUGCUGGGGGCGCCCACCUACGACGUCUACCUCGGCGGAACCUUCCCGUCCGGCGCCCGUCCCGACGAGACGCUGCGCCGCGAGGGCUACACGUACAUAAUGCCGCGGCCGAACGACUACGCGCGCAUGUACUCGGCGCCCGCGCGCCGCUCGGCGCCCGCGCACCCCGAGUCGCCGCGGCGCGACAAGAAGCCGCGGCCCAUGUCGCCGGAGCCGGCCGAGGACGUGACGCUGCGCUCGCGCGACCGGGACGCCGCCACCGCGCCCGCCGGCGACCGCCUCAGUGCCAGCGAUUUCUACAACGUCACCGAUGACGUCACGCCGCAGCCUUUCAAAGGAACGUUCGACGAGGACCAGUUGGUGGGGUCGCGGGUGCUCGUGUUCUCGAUCAGCGCGGAGGCGCCUUGCUUCGCGACCAUGGUGCUGGCGGCGCACUACAUGGGCCUGCAGACCUCCAAGACGGUGCUCAUCGUGCAGCCCAUGGACCCUGCCGCCUCGCAUCCGUACAGCAAAGUAGCCGUGCAGGAUUACAACCGUGGGCGGACGUACUUGUCGGACCUGGCGAAGCGGGAGGGCAUCCCCGUGUUCGACGACGUGGAGGCGGCCAUGGAGUGCGUGCUCGCGCGCCUGCGGCCCUCCGCGUAGCGCGCGCCAUCUGACGGCGCGGAGGCUGCCUGCGCGC